CCACCCUAAGCCAAUAAAGACACCGGAUGCCGGGCUGAAUGCAGUAGCGGGAGGCAUGGCCCGGACGCUCUGGGUGACUUGGGCAGCUGCCCUGUGGGCUGCCCUCUGCUGCCGGGCACUGGCCCUGGAGGGAGGGAUGCUCUACCCCCAGGAGACCCCGAGCCGGGAGCGCAAGGACCUCAAUGGCCUCUGGGACUUCCGAGCCGACUUCUCUGAGGACAGGAACCAGGGCUUUCUGGAGCGGUGGUAUCAGAGGCCCCUGCGGGAGUCGGGCCCUGUAUUAGACAUGCCCGUCCCCUCCAGCUUUAACGACUUGGGCCAGGACCGCAAGCUUCACAGCUUCAUCGGCUGGGUGUGGUAUGAGCGGCAAGUGUUGGUGCCUCAGAGCUGGGCCCAGGAUCCGGGCACCAGGGUGAUGCUAAGAAUUAGCAGUGCCCACUACUACACAAUUGUGUGGGUGAAUGGGGUUCAUGUGACUGAGCACGAGGGUGGCCACCUCCCCUUUGAAGUCGACAUCAGCAAGCUGGUCCAGUCCAAUCCCGGGGAGCCAAAUCGCAUCACCAUCGCCAUCAACAACACCCUCACGCUCCACACGCUGCCGCCGGGCAUGAUUGAGCACAUGACGGACCGUUCCCGGUAUCCCAAGGAUUAUUUUGUUCAGAAAACAUAUUUUGACUUCUUCAACUAUGCUGGGCUGCACCGCUCUGUCUUCCUCUACACCACCCCUGUCUCCUACAUCGAUGACAUCACGGUCACCACCAGUGUAGACCAGGGCACAGGGCUGGUGAACUACGAGGUCGUGGUAAAAAGCAAUGAGAACUUUGAGCUGGAGCUUCUUCUCUGGGACAAGGAAGGAAGAGUGGUGGCCAAGGGAACGGGGGCCCGGGGCCAGCUAGCAGUGCCCAGCGCCCAGCUCUGGUGGCCUUAUCUGAUGCACGAGCAGCCUGCCUACCUGUACUCACUUGAGGUGACCCUCGUGGUACAGACAGGAGCCGGCAUCGUGUCUGACGUCUACACCCUUCCUGUGGGCAUCCGCACCGUGGAGGUCGUACGCAGUCAGUUUCUCAUCAACGGAAAACCCUUCUAUUUCCAUGGGGUCAACAAGCAUGAAGACGCCGAUAUCCGUGGGAAGGGAUUCGACUGGGCUCUGGUGAUGAAGGAUUUCAACCUGCUCCGGUGGCUGGGCGCUAACUCUUUCCGUACGAGCCACUACCCCUACGCCGAGGAGGUGAUGCAGCUCUGUGACCGAUACGGGAUCGUGGUCAUUGACGAGUGUCCGGGCGUGGGGAUUGUGUUUCCGGGCAGCUUUAAGAACAUCUCUCUGAAACACCACCUAGAAGUGAUGGAGGAGUUGGUCCGGAGAGACAAGAAUCACCCAGCUGUGGUCAUGUGGUCUGUGGCCAACGAGCCCGCUUCCCAGCUGGCACCUGCUGCCUACUAUUUGAAGACCGUGAUAGGCCACACCAAAGCCCUGGACCCCACACGACCUGUGACUUUUGUGUCCAACUCUAAGCCUGAAGUGGAUCACGGGGCGCCAUACGUGGAUGUGAUCUGUAUAAACAGCUACUAUUCCUGGUACCAUGAUUUUGGGCACCUCGAGGUGAUUCAGCUGCAGGUCAACACUCAAUUUGAGAACUGGUAUAAAUUAUACCAGAAGCCGAUUAUCCAAAGUGAGUAUGGAGCAGAGGCCAUCCCCGGGCUUCACCAGGACCCUCCUCUGAUGUUCAGUGAAGAAUAUCAGAAAUUUGUGCUGCAGCAGUAUCAUUUGGCUCUGGACCAAAAACGCAAAGACUACGUGAUUGGAGAGCUUAUUUGGAAUUUUGCUGAUUUCAUGACGGACCAAUCACCACAGAGAGUGGUCGGGAAUAAGAAGGGAAUCUUCACCCGACAGCGACAACCCAAAGGUUCAGCAUUCCUUCUGAGAGAACGAUACUGGAAAAUCGCCAAUGAAACCAUGUAUCCUCACUUAGCAGUGACUCCACAGUAUUUGGAAAAUCAAUUUUUUUACUCCCUUGUCUAAAGGACAAGAACUGUUCUAUGGACCAGGGAAGAAACCUGCCAGGGAGGGGGGCGCUGCUUGAUUUGCAAUGGACUCUGGGAUGCCCCAGCAGACAGGAUUAUAAACUACACCUUCUGGUGAGGGGGUGGGAAGACAUGGAGCUUUUUGAUAAUGUUCUGCAAGAUGGGAUACUGUCAAGUAUGAAAUGAGACCUUUUUCCAGAACAGAAAUGCAAGUUUUAAGAACUGACUAUCCAUAAGUGGGAGGACUUGCAUGAAAAAAUAUGGCUGAAAAGAAUUUGAAACCAGUUUGACAGAUUAAUGUGCCUUGUUCUCAUAUGCCUUGUGCAGACAGACUCUUAAAAUCAGAGUGUUUUAAUGACUACACAGUACUAAUGGUAUGUUGUUACAAAACUGUAUGUUUUCCCAACAACAGCCCUGUGCUAACACAAAAGCAAAGCCUGGUCCCUUAACACAGAGGUAGUACAUUUUCCUCCACCCUGGAUACCACCAGACUGGCCAGGAUGAAAUAAAUGAGAAUUUAAAAAUAACA